GCCGCCGCCGCCAGCAUGGCCCCGCCGCGCCCGCAGCGCCGAGGUUGUUCAGGAAGGAGAAACUUCACAGCCUUUCGAAAUACGAAACUGAUUCCCAUGGAAACAUCCUCAUCCUCUGAUGACAGUUGUGACAGUUUUGGUUCUGAUAAUUUUGCAAACACAAAAUGCAAAGUUAGGCCGGAUAUUAAAGAAGAAUUGGUAAAAAUUUUUCAUGAAGCCUCUGAUGAUGAAUCUUUCUGUGGCUUUUCAGAAAAUGAGGUUCAAGAUUCAUUGAAAUUGGAAUCAGAUUCAGAUGAGAAUGAUACAAGUGCUGAAAGUGAGAGAGAUCAGAGAGGGCAGAAAUGCCCUGUUCCUCUGAAAGUAGCCAUGAAGUUUCCACUUCGAAGAUCAGAGAGGAGGAAGGGUGGCACGGAACCUGUUCCUGAAACACCGAUGCCUGCUCUAGAUUCAGACUCUGACACUGAAGAAAGUGGUCCUAUGUUUUUGGAAAAAAGAGCUUUAAACAUAAAGGAAAACAAAGCAAUGCUUGCAAAACUAAUGGCUGAGUUGCAAAAUGUUUCUGGUAUCUUUGGUGGAAGAAAAUCGUUGCCAGCUGUCAGUCAUGGACCAAAGCGACUUCCAAGGCAUUCAUUGCCCAAAUGUGCCUUGAGGAGGAACCCAGACCGGAGUUCUCGGCCUCACACAAGGUCGAGGUCCUUGAUUGAAGGCCCUCCUACUCUUGUGCCAGAAGAGGAAGAAGAUGACCCAUACGUCUUGGUGAGAAGAAGAAAAAUGUCUGAUGAAUACCUGGAGCAUGAAGCCCGUACUCCCAGGAGGGGUCACCGUGGUGCCAUGGCUUUUCCACACGUUGUGCGCCCAGUUGAGGACAUAACAGAAGAAGAGCUGGAUAAUAUAUGUGGAUCUGCAAGAGAAAAAGUGUAUAACAGGGCUGUGGGAUCCACCUGUCACCAGUGUCGCCAGAAAACCAUAGACACCAAGACAAACUGUCGUAACCCUGAUUGUGUGGGAGUGCGGGGCCAGUUCUGUGGGCCGUGCCUCCGCAACAGAUACGGGGAGGAUGUCAGAACAGCACUGCUGGACCCGACAUGGAGGUGCCCCCCAUGUCGUGGAAUCUGCAACUGUAGCUUCUGCAGACAACGAGAUGGCCGAUGUGCCACAGGUGUCCUGGUCUACCUGGCCAAGUACCACGGCUUUGACAAUGUCCAUGCCUACUUAAAAAGUCUGAAACAAGAACUUGGAAUGGAAGAUUGAAGCUGUGACUGCCUUCAAAUUACAUACUCUUUCACCAACGUAAUACUGUUGCCUGCAGUGAAUUGUUUAAUCAAAUCAGAUUACAAAGUGCCUUCCCUGCUUCCCUUUUGGGCAAAAUAGCAUAAAAACCUUUCAUUUAUUUCAGUAUAAAUCACACUUGGGAAGCUGUUUAAUGCAGGUCUUCACCCACAGGCCAUUGUUUUCUUUUUAGAUAACUUUGCAAAUCAGUCCUUGUUUCCAUAAUAGUAACUUCUUUCUUUCUUCCUGAAAGGGGAUGGGGCUUUAAGCCAUUAGUUUCACUCAUGCCACAAUCUAUGCUGCUGGUUUACUUAUGCUCCAAAAUUGGUUACAAAAAGAUAGAGAUGUUCUGAAAAUUUGGGGAGGUUUUCCCCGCAGAACCAAGCACCCAACUUCUGCAAUACAGACACUUCAUGAUCAAAUGGAAUGGUAGAAUUCUCUGAAACAACAGCAUGUUCUUGAGUUUAAAAAGGAAACCCUAUAAGUCGCAGCUGAGCAGUCUCCAAGCACUAAUACUUAGUUUUAUAGAGUACUUAAAAUUUCACACUGGCCAUUUCAAGGGAGAUUCUCUGAACUAAAAAAUGCAGUAGACACUGUUUGACGUGGCACUUUGUGUUUUUGCUCAGACGAGAGAAGGCCACUGCUGAAAGCUUCCACAGCACUUGCAUUGUCUACUGGUGGCAGUGGUGUGAAUGUACUGGUAUACAUUGUGUAGUGACCACUGUUUAAAACAGAAUGUUUCGUGUGUUAAAUCACUGUUUUGGUGGACUCUCUUUUCUCUUCCGUUGCAGCUGCAGAACUGCUUUGCAGAGUCAGCAGCAGUCCUGGGGAAGAGGGAUACCUCCAAACCAGGGCUUGGUCAAGUAAAGGGGUGGCGGUUCGUGUUGGCCACCUUUGAAUGGAUGAAAGGUGGUAACUUGUUUAGUUUGAUUUGGUUAUCAGGAAAACAGGCAAUGAAUGUUUCUGUGUCUGGCUGUUUGUGUUUGUGGAAGGUUGUUUCACAUGACAUUUGUGAAAUGUCAGUACAGCAGAAAUGGAGCUGAAGAAUUCUGAUACGCUGAGCGCAUAGGGGUCUCCUGUACUCAGUGUUGUAGAAAAGGAGGUGCCAUGAAAAUUGCAUGCAGAGGUCCCUAAAGGGUGUAAAUGUGCUUAGUUUUGUUACAGAAACUACUGUGUAAGCUUUGUAUAAGGUUUAGAAUGUAAUGUUAUAAAUAAUGUACAGUUGAACAGUAGAAGAAUCAACAUGAGUUUACACUUCUCUGCUUGCACAGUAUUUGCACUGUGUGUAUACAAAAUGAUCCACAGUUCAUACCUUUCUGGGAAUUGCAUCAGUGUGUGUGGGAGGGGAGGAGAGAGGAAUUUAGAAACAACAGAUAUUUAUGUCUCAGACUUGCAGUUCUGUUUCAUAAAUCAUCUCUCCUAUUGAAAAUCUCCUGUCCUCUCUUUGUCUGUUUUUAUAGUGUGAAUAGCUGUGCAAUCUGAGGUGUGGAGAGUGCUCUUCUCUCUAGGUACAUUUUGUGAAGAAGGAACUCAUUUUAGAAAUACAUGUUCUGACAGAUAAAAGUGGUUGGGUUUUUUUUCCUCCUAAUUGCUUGGCUUGCCUUCUGAUUGCUAGAGUGUGAAAGUACUCUGCUAAAAGCAGACCCUUACGUUAUAUUACAGAGACUGCUGUAUUUAGAUUUACUCAAAUCUACACUGUUCUGUACAAGAUUUUUUAUUUUGAAAAUAAAAAUUUUCAGUUUUAGAAUA